AGUUUCAUUAAUUCUAGGAACAACUUCGUUUGUUUGGUGCGGUUCGAUUUGUGACUGGUUUAGAAACAGGAACAGGAACGUCAGAACAGCUAAGAAACACCAGUAAUGAUUAACAGCUGUGAGUCAUCAAUUUAGUAUUUUUGUUUAGUUCCUGAAUGUGUGCGUUUGUUUUCGUAUUGUGAAUUGAGAAGAGAUUGUUGUCGUUUAUUUAUGUUAAAGUUUUUGUUUACCAAAAUAUACAAGACUUUGCUAUGUGCUGUAUUAGGGAGGAAUUUUUUAAUUCAUAACAUUUAUUUUUAUUUAUAAGGGAAGAAAGUUUCUUGUUAGCUGUAUCAGCAGAUAGUUUUUGGAAUUUAAUACUCAACAGGAAGAAAAUGAUAUCAGCAUCGUUUGUUAUCUUUUUGUCAAGUGGUGAGAAGAAUCAGUGAAUAUAGUUUACUUUUUGGAAAUUAUGGAAGAACUACAUUCAAAACCCAUACCUCUUCCAAGGUCAAGUCCAGUGGUUAAUUAUCAGCAGGAUGUGAAUGGCAGUGGACAAAUAAAGAAACCCGUGCCAUUACCAAGAUCACCAGCUGUGCCAAUGGCAAGUUCCUCUAGGGCAACUGAAGAUGAGAAGACCAAUUCUGAAAGCAGUUCUUUUGAGGAUGUUAUCACUAAAGGUUAUAAUACUCUAACAAAAAAAAUUAAAAAUAAACUAAAAUCAACAAGUGAUAAUGUUCAAGGAAAAAGCAAAUCUGUGAUAGAAACUACAAAAAGUGUGGGCUUAAAAACAGAACGCUCUGUCAGGGGUAUCCUCCAAAAACGUCAAUCAGCCUCUCCAGUUGUAAAUUCCAAUAAUGAAGGUGAUUCUGCAAAAAAUAGAACCAAUAGGUGUCAAUCAUUACCUUCAGAGGAUAUUUUUAGCUCAAUAAAAUUUGGAUCCCCAAUCCAGCAGGAAAAAAGUGAUUAUGUUUAUGAAUCUGAUGAUGGUGAAACCAGUCUGCCUCCUCCUGAAUAUCCCCCACCACCUUUACCUGAUGAGUCAUUGUACGAUGAAGUUUCCACUAAGUCGAGCCAUUCAGGAAGCCAUGGUGAUUACUACACAUGUCCAAGCUUAGUGAGCUCAUUGCCGGAUAUUGAAAGUAUUAGAGGAUAUGAAGAUGUGCCUGAUUUGAAACAUCUAAGUUUGUGUGGAGGGAGUGAUUCUAAUUCUUCGCAAAGUGGUGAUAUUGUGUUUGAUAUGAAAUCAAGAAAUAACUUAUGUGAAGAUGAUUCUGAAAUUUCUCAUAAUCUGAAUUCUCUACAAACACCUGAUGACAAACGAGUAAUGGUUUCCAGGUCUGACUCAUGGAAUUUUUAUGAUUCAGUAAAUAUUUUUAAAAAACCAAUGGGUGAACAAUAUGUUAAUGUCACAAUUCAAGAUAGUGCUAUGAGUCAGUUAAGGGACACACAAAAGGGAGAACAAUAUGUCAAUGUUACAAUAUGUGAAAGUAAUCAAAGUGCAAGAUCGCCUAUGUCUGGAGAUCAUUCAGACAAAAAGGUGGCUAUAGGAGAUUAUAAAACUACCCCAUUGAAACCAUUACAACCUGUGAAAGUAGCUGACGAUUUUAGUGAUCUGAAUAAAAAUACUUCAAUACAGAGACAAAACUCUGUACUCUCAAGUGUAGGAAGUGACUGCAGUUCUGUAUCGAUACCCAACGAACUUUAUCUAAACUGGCAACCUGUAAUGAUGAGAGGUUUGAAUCAAGAUAUAUCAUCACGUGCAUCAGACCAGACAAAAACUAAUGUAUUUGCUUCAAAAUCAUUUUUCUCUGAAUUUGACCCUUUGUAUUUAGCUGCCGAUAACAAACCAGUAGAUAGAUCAGCCAAAGCAGAAAGUCUGCCAGCUAUCAAGACAGACAAAAACAUUUGUGAAUUUGUAGAUGACUUUGACAUUGUUUCACUUCCAGUACCUCCAACAAGAUAUGAUUCAAUAACAGAAGAAACAAAAGAACAACCAGAUAUUCCUAAUGAUGUUGAGUACUUUUUGUAUCAUAGACCCACAACUGGUCAUCAUGUAAGCAAUGAAACUUUGACUGUUGAUUCUAAAGAAAACCUAGCUGAAAAUUAUAAUGCUACCUCAACGCUAGAAAAUUCUCCAUCAGAAUCGCCAGAAAAAGAAAUGUUUCCAGAGAAAAGGAAAUCGAAUUUGGUGAGAUGGACUAGUAUGAAAAAAGCUAUUAAAAAAGUGGCUGAAAGUAGUAAUUGGUCUCCCGGAGUGAUGAGAAAAUCUGCAAAAAUAAAAGAUGGGGAAGAAGCUGCAGUUACUUGUAAUGAAGCUUCUUCUGGAGUGGUUGAACGACCUUAUAUUAAUUCUUCCUCUGGACCUUUACAUAGUGGUUUCCUCUUUAGAUCACCUUCGGGUGGGGAGAAACAAAAAGAUUUUGUUCAGAAGUGGUGCCAACUUUCAGAAGGACGCUUAACGUACUCAACUGAACGAACAAGUUCAAAUAAAGAUUUUAUUCUUAUUGAACAUAUAUACAGUAUUCAAAUUGGGAGAGAAAAUAAACAAAGCACUGAAGGUGAGGACAUAUAUUGUAUGGAAAUCAGCUGUUCACUCAGAGAUAAGCCACAUCUUGUGGGAUCUCCUGGUACCACGGAGAGACGUAUAUGGAUGCAAAAACUCCUGGAGAGCUUAACACUUGUAUUUCCCCCUCGUCUGACCGCAGAUUACACUCGAGCAGGAUGGUGUUAUUUAAAGGAAGGAAUUAAUGGGGCUUGGUUAGCAGCAUGGAUUUUACUGCACAAGAGGACAUUAUUUUUCAGCCCUUGUAGUGGUGAAAUUGACCUUCGCAAAGCAAGAUCCAUUGUGUUACAGGAUGGAGAAGAUGGUUGUGGCCGUGUGAUAGAAAAGGGUCCCCUAAUGCGCAUUGACAGUCCGAAUUGUGCAUAUUACCUACAGAUGAAUGAACAGAGAGAGACAAAAGCUUGGUGUCGUGCGAUACAGCAGGCUGCACUGAAUAAUGGAGCACUUCUACAUGAGCAACAGCUCACUAAAGAUGAUAUGCCUACAAUCAUAGAUAAGUGUAUCAACUUCGUUUAUGCCCAUGGAAGUAUGUCUGAAGGUAUUUAUAGACGCAAUGGAAGCAACACAAAUGUGAUGAAACUCCUUGCAGCGUUCCAGAAAGAUGCCUGGGCAGUUCAGAUCACCAGGAACGAGUACACGGAACAUGAUGUAGCAAGUGUACUUAAACGGUUUUUCAGAGACAUGUCAGAACCCUUACUUACAACUCAGUUACACAAAGUGCUUUGCAAUGCUGCAGUGCUGGAAUGCAAUGAAGAGGAGAAGGUAUCUCUGUACCGGAGUUUGUUGGAGCAGUUACCACCAGUAAACUAUGUGACAACACGACGACUGAUGGGUCACUUGCACCACAUACACCAACAGUGCGAGCGCAACCUCAUGCCUGUGGAGAACCUGGCGGCCAUCUGGGGCCCUACGCUCAUGCAUGUUGAGAGUGGAAUGGACCCAAACUGGUCGAAGAAGGAGUCACAGGUGGUGAAUGACUUGAUCUCCCUGUACCCUCGAUUGUUCCAUGUGGAUGGUGCAGAGUUGGCUCGGGAGCAGCGGAUACAAGAGGUCUUGGAGCGCUACCAUAAUAGUGUUCAGCAAACUCCUCACACCACUAAACCCUCAGGUGACAUCAAGGUGUGGGUUUACAUCGGCUCACGGGAUAGUGACUGUGUUAGCGUCACGGUGAACCCGCAGCGGGAGGCCCUGGAUGUGUGUAACGAACUGUGUCCAAAGAUGAACGUGUACGGACACGAGCUGUGUCUGCUGGAGUCUGUGCUAGGAGGGGCUCUGUUGCGGCCGUUGCACCAUACAGAGCGUGUACUGGACACUGUACUACGCUGGGGAUAUUGGGAUGAUCAAGACUGUCGGGAUAACUGUCUUAUCCUAGUCAUCAAUACCAUUAUCCGUGACAUCCAGCCUCUCGCCAAACCACCAGUGGCUCAGUGUGGUGAGCUUCGAUUUGCUGACUUGAAGUCAAAAACCUUUAAAGUUUACCUAUUUGAGUUCAGUCAAGCCAAACUGUGUUAUUACAAGGAUAAACUGGGAUGUGUUAAACUUGGAGAAUGGAAAAUAGAAGAUAUUGUGUGGUACAUUGGUCAUGAGCCAAAGAGAAAUCCUCAUACAAGAUGGUCUCUUACAUUCAUUAAUAAAAAUAACAGAAAUAAAAGAUCAAAAGAUAACCCUUUCUUCGGGUACACGAUAGCAGGAACUACACGAGAUGAACAAUUGCGGUGGAUGGCGGCCAUGUUGGUGGGAGAGUUUCCGCAUGUUGAUCUCUUGCCCAAACCUCAACUGAACUUUCUGGAAUGAGGCUUGGAUAUGAUAUUAUUGACUAACCUGUGCCAUCACGAUGUAGAUAUGCGUGUAAAUGAAAAGUCUGAGUGUAUUGCCAGUGUUGCCACUAAAAGUGAUUUAAAUUCUGUUCAUCAAUUUUAGUCAAAUAUGAAAUACUAUUUCGGUAUUCCUUAAAGGGAUACUCAUUUAUAACUUUUCUUGCUACUAAGUAGAAAUGUGUAUAAAUAAUAAUUACUUUAAUUUGAUAAAAAAAGCUUUAUUUGAGUAAUUUGUUGGGCCAAUUGUGUAAAAUAUAUGUAGAUGGAGAUUUAAUUUUAGUUAAAGUAUCUCAUUUAAAAUAUUUUAAAAUUGAAAUAGUAUAACUUGCCUCCUUGGUAAUUUAAUAAAAAAGGUAAUUUUCUGUAACAUUAGAUAUGAGAAAAUUUUUACAUAUUUUAAAACAUUGAUAGAUUUUUAAACAUGAACAUGAUUAAUAAGAUAUUAAUUUUUUGAUCCCAUUGAAAAAUCUUGUUUUAUACUUGAAUCUUAUUAAAUAUCACUAAUGAAGAUAAAUAUGUUAAGUAGUGAAAUAAAACUGUAAUUUUUAUUGAAUGAUAAGAAUAACUGUAUAAGGUGUAUUUAGUUUUCAAGAACAUAGCUCAACUUUACAAUAUUGUGUUAAAUAAGAAUCUGUUUGAACUAUUCUAUGAUUAUUAUUACAAAUUUAUGAUUAUGUAUAUUAUUAAGGUAUUGUAUGCCUCUUUAGUUAACCAUGUAAACUAUUAUACCUAGUGGUACUGUUUUGUUGCGACCUUUAAAGUAUUUAACAUAUUGUUUUAGGUGGUUUUUAGCCAUUUGAUAUUAUAUCAUUUUUAUUCCUAAUUUAAGAAAGUUUAGUAGCAUGAAAAUAAAAUUCUGCAUGCAAUGAUUUGAAAAUUAUACAUAAAUAUUUUAUACAAUUUAUUUUUAUAUAUGAGUUGUUUUUAUCUACUGUUAUGUAUUAAACAAACUUAUAGUUUUACUUCAAUCUUAGCUGAGCUCUAAUUAAUUUUUCUUUAACUGGAUUUCAUAACUGUUGUCAUAAUUAGAUACAUUGAAUUUAAACAAGCAUGAUCAAAUAAAAUAGUGUAUAAUUUAGUGAUGGGCGAAUACAGGAUUUUCUAAUCCUGAAUUCGAUUCUGAAUCUUAAAAAAUCUAUCCUCAAAUCCUAAUAGUUUUUUUAAGACUAGUAUAAUUUCAACAAUAUCAUUAAAUCAUACUAUUCUUGUUUUUGCCAUUCUUAAAUAUUUUGAGGCUGUCAGAUAGUAUAAAAAAUUAUCCAAGAAUACCACUCUAUUUUAAAGGGAUUUGCAGGCGUUCAGAAAAUUAGCUAUUCUUUAAGGCCAGAAUCAUACGUUAUGCUCCUACGUUAUGCUUUAGUGUGAUAGAUUAUAAUGUGGGUGUCCAGAAUUUAUGCCUAUAAUCUUAAAACAUAUGGGCCUUUAUUUGUAUCACUUUUAAAACAUGUUUUAAACUAAAUUACAAGUUAUAAUAAAAAGAUAACAAAAUAUAUUUAGUAUAGAAAAUAUUUGAAUAACCACAAAAAUUGAUAAGUAAAUACAUUUGUGAUCGUCUGCUUCUUGUCAAGCAGCUGACGUUCAUGCAUAGAUACAGUUGAUGAAUGGCGAUGCAUAUAUAUAAAUAUAGAAAAUACAAACUGUUAACAAAAAAACUAUUCAUAAAAGCACAAUAAUCUAUUAAUUAGCUUAUUUAUCCAUGGAUUUUCUUAAACAAAGUACAGUGGAACUUGGAUAAUUCGAAUCUCAAGGGACCAAUAAAAAAAUUCGAAUUAAAAAAGUUAAGAAUUAAAGGCUUAAAAUAAUGACACUUCACAGCUUUGCUGAAAACCUUUAUUGAAAAUAACAUGAGUGGUUGUAAAUGUAUGUUUUUCUACUAAACAGUGCAAAAUUGAAUCAUGAAUUAUCUAAAAAAUACACAAUUACAGCAUAUGUUUAUCAAUAAAAGAAAAUAAGUUGAAUGGUGAUAAGGAACAUUAUUCAGUACAAUAUUAUUUUUUCGAAAGAAGUCGGAAAUCUUCACUUGUUUUCUAAAGUUAAGUCUCUCAAAGAUUCUGCCAUAUUCAAUGAAUUGAAAAUAGACUCAUUUACGUCAUUUUUUACUUGAAAAAAAAAAAAACGUCUAAGUUCCAUGAUGUGAUGUGCUGCUGCGGCCGCACUCGGAACGUUUAUUUCCGCCCCAACUGAUGACUCGCCUUCUUCAUCACCCGAUGCCAUGUCGCCAUCUUGUUUAUUGUUGAGCAUUUCAACGAUGAUCUCCGCGUCCGUUAUCUCACCACAUACUGCAACAUCUUCAUCCACGUUGAUAAAAUCUUCAAACAAGAUGGCAGGGUCAGUAAUGACGUCCUCCCAGCCGUCAACUGAAGGUACCGCUUCCGCUAUAAUGUCGUUGGCUUUUUCAGCGUCGUCCUCCUUUUUUACAAAACCAGCUUUUUUAAAGCAAUGUUUGAUCGUUUCGGGCGCUACUUUGUCCCAAGCUUUCUUGCACAUGCGAGAGGCUAGAAGAAUGUCUAACUUGGUUUUUAGGGCGUUACAAUCUUCAGUCAGUAUGUACUCAACCAAUAAACGUCUGUAAAACUGUUUUAGAUUUUUUAUGAUUCCCUGGUCCAUAGGCUGGACAACCGAAGUCAUAUUGGCAGGGAAAAAAAUCACUAACAUUUUCCAUUACUGGAAUCGUGUUGUGCGCAGUACAGUUGUCUAUAAACAAGAUAACUUUUCGUUUUUCUUUUAUGAAAUUUUUGUUUAAGUUCAACAACCAUUUCUCAAAAAGGUGACUGGUCAUCCCAGCUCUUGCGCUGUUCACAUACUCCACUGGUUUUGAUUUGACGUUCUUCAAAAAACAGGGACUAGCCGACGUGCCAAUCAUUAGUAAAGGCAGCUUUUCUGAUCCAUCCAUGUUUGCACCAACCAGGAGAGUAAUUCUCUCUUUACUCAGUUUUCCUCCGUCGCAUUUUUCUUCUUUAAAUGCGAGUGUUUUGUCAGGGUGCAUUUAAAAAAAAGUCUCGUUUCAUCAACAUUGAAGAUGUCCCUUUCGUCCUGAUCCUGAAUCAUCUCCUCCAAAUCUGUUUUCCAUUGGUUGGCUUCUUGCUGAUUAACGCUUCCACUUUCACCAUAAAUGGAUUUCAACGAAAUUUUGUUGCGAUCUUUGAAGCCGUCAAGCCACACUGAACUAGCCUUAAAAUCUUGUUUCUCCAAUUCAGUAGCAAAUUGUUCAGCUUUGCUUCUUAUGAGAGGACCACUCACUGGAAUCUUCUGAUCCCUAGUUUGUUUGUCCAAAUCUGGAUUUUCUGGCUCCCUUAACCUUUUCCGGUCUUUAAUGUUCUCACUUUCACUCCCGAGAAUUUUUUCUUUAUUCUUUAAGUAGGUGGACAAUGUGUUAGGAGGAAUUCCAAAGUCCUAGGCAAUCCCAGAUUUUUUCUUAACCCCCUUCUCUACUUCUUUGAUUGCCGCUAUUUUUUGAGCCAAAGGCAGUUUUGUAUGUUCGAGGAUUACGAGGCGACGACAUGGGAGUGGAGUGGGUGGGGUUGGAGUGAUCUUGCAGUGCCAGUCGCGAUGAGUCAUGUCUACAAAACAAUAGGCGCAGAAGCAUAGGGCCGAGCCGGGCGGGAGGGUGGCUAGAUCUGUGUCCAAUGGCCUUGAAGCAAGUGCCUUGCGAUUAGAAAGAGUGCAAUGUCUUUUCACGAAUCUUUCCACUUUAAAAUCGGCAUCGGGUUCGAAUAAAAAGUUCGAAUUAUCCAAAAUAAACUUUGAAUUAACCACGAUAUUGUUGCAUUAUUUAUGUAGAAAAUGCUAGGGACCAAUAUAAAUAUUCGAAUUAAAGAAGAUUUCGAAUUAUAGAAGUUCGAAUUAGCCAGGUUCCACUGUACAACAAAAUCUAGUUAUAGCAGUUGAUAAUUUGCAUACCGCCGACCAGCAGUCAGACAUAGCAGACUUUCUGUGAUGCACGAACGUAAAUAUAGAAAAUACUAAGUGUACAAAAAUAUGAUAAAUAUGUUACUUUGUUAAUUCAGUUUAUAUAAGGUCGUCUGUGAAAAAUGCAGCAACUCAUAGUGCUACAUGAGUAAAUGUUGAAAAUACUAAUUGGAAGAAAAAUAUUUUCAAAGGCACGUUAAUUUGUCAAUUAGGUUAUCUAUGUGCGGUUCUUAAAACACAAUAUACGGUGAAAACUUGUAACAAUUGAUAAUUUUUCUACUGUCUCAUCUGAUAAUAACUGAUGAUGAGGCGGAUCUCUGUUUAUCGAUUCUCGAAUCCGAAUCUUUAUCUAAGAUACAUGGAUUUUAGAUUCUGCUAUGACACAUCAGUUUGAUCCUUAACAUAUAACUUAGAAUACUCAUCAGAGAAAAGAAACAAAAUUAGUCUAUUAUGUGCAAGAACACACCACACAAUAUGGUAUAUAUGAUAUGUAUGAAGCGUUUACUAAAUACAUUGUCUAAAGUGUAAUAGGAAGUAUUUUUGGUUUUUAUGAUUCUUUGUGUUGAAAAGACAAAUGUAUUUUUAUAAAACAGAUUUUUCACAAGCUUGUUAACUUUUAAUUUUGGAUAAACAUCAUAAAUAGCUAUUUUAAAAUACAUUAUCACUGUAACACUAGAUAUAAUUGAGAGAAUAGACUGCUACUCCUAACUCUCAACUGACUGAGAUUGGAAAAUGUAUUAUAUAUAUCCAAAGUUUUACUCAAAAUGUUAUCUGUGUUCUCCCCCAACAGUUAUCCAAAUUUAACUUUUUAAUUAAAAGAAAUUUAUUAAAAAGAAACAAAAGAAGGUGUCGAUCAGAUUUUAUGAUACUAUCAUAUAAUUAAAUAAUACUAAAUCCUCAUGUAUUUCAACCAAGCAAUAGAAGUCUAAUAACAUGGAAAAUGUACAAAUUAAUUAUUGUGAUUUUAAUUCAGACUGUAAGUUAGUAAAGAAAUACUACAAUUAAUUUUUUUUUAAUUAAGAAUAUUCUGUUGUAAAUAUUGUAGAUGUAUUAUAUUUUAUGUACUUAUAAUCAAUAAAGGUUUAAUAGAAACAGUUUUUAACUUGCUGAGAUGCUGUUUGGUCAUUUAGUUAUUCAGUUAGUUUGUAUUUUAGAAAAUGAUCUGAGUUUUCAAUUUUUCAAGAUUUUAAUUUUUACAUUGUUUUCAUUCUUUAUACAUAUUUGAAAAUAUAAUAGUUUUAAGUCAACUUUCUGGUAAGAUAAGAUCCCCAUUAAACUACUAAAUCUUUCUAAUUUCUUUCAAACAUUGAAUCCUCAAAUAUGGUUUUGAGUGGUCAAUAUUCACUGAAAAUGGUAACAAAAUAAUACGUGUAUGAAGGUAGCCUCCAGGUGAAAAUUCAUUGUUUAUUUCCUGGAGCCAUUUAAAUUGAUAUCUCUUUCACUCCUGUGUUAUACUUCCUUUGCUAUAAAAAUGUGUUCUUUAAAAAAUGUGUACUUGAAGGAACUUGAACUGGAACAUACAUUUAUGAUUGUCUAUAAAUAUAUUUGAAACAAAUUACAAAUAGAUUAUGGGCUAAUGUUAAGUGAUAAGUAAAAAACCAAGGAAUUUAUUUAAGUAAAAAUGUUGUCAUAAUAUGAAGAGUGUGUUAUCAGAGAUAUAAUUUUACUCUAAUAACACAAUGUAAAAUUGUUUAAAAACCUUAUUUUAUCUUUCCAUUGCAAUUUAACAGCUAUACACAUAAAGUUGAUAACAAUAUUUUUAUUAGAUAUGGAUAAAUUCAGUAUGUACAAUGACUUUUGUUACAGCUUUCAUCAGAAGUAAAUGAUAAUUAUUGUAUGAAUAUCUAAUGUUUUAGAUAUGUCGAGUGUUUGUAAUAAUAUUUUGAAAUUGGACUUGCCAAUAGUUUCAUCUUGUUAUCGAUAAAAGCUUUAACCAAAGACUUGCCAGAAGUAUAUUUUUUAAGGCUUGGUUUGUUUUAUAUUCUGCGAGAGUUACUAAUUUUAUAAAAUAAAGUUACCAUAACUAAAAACAUAUAUAUGAUUAAUUACAUAAUAUUAAUAGAAGUAAUAAGUUUGUUUCAUUGUGAAAUUAUUUCUAGAAGCGAUUUUCAGGGGAAUGAUUUCUUUUGUACUCUUGGACAAAAGAAAUACUAGGGACAUAUUAAAUAAGAAAAAUAUUGUACAUUAAAAAUUUGGGGUAUAUAUCCUGAUAUCAAGCCUCUUUCCGUGUAUGCCACUCUUUUAUUAACGGAAUUAGUUCUGUAGAUAUUUUUAUUUGUUUAGUUAAACAGUAAAUAAGAUUGGUAAUGUUGUAUUACUAACAUAUCUAUAAAUAACAAUUGGUUAAUUAAAUAAAAUGAAGAUCAAUUCAAUAAAUUAGGUAAUUAUGCAAAUCCGUUAUUAGACAUUCCCAUAUUGUAAUUGUUUGAUUUUGUUAAGUUUCUAUAUUUUAUUAAUAGGUGUAAUUUUAAUUUUAGAAUUCUAAAUAUAGCUUGAACAAUUAAAUAAUAAUAUUAUUAUUUUACUUAUGAAUAAUGUUUAAAAUAUAUUAUCAUAAUAAUCAAUGGAGAGUCUGAGUAAUUGUUAAUAUUUUGUAAAGAAUCUAAAUAAUAUUCAGUAAUUAUUCCCCUUCUUUAGUUCAAAGUCAGCUUUAUUCUUGAUGGAUGACAAGGUUAAUCAACAACAAAAAUUCUAUAUUAAAAUACUGUAUAUUAAUACAAACUAUUAAUAUGUAUAUACCAAUAUCUGUAUACAAUACAGCACUUUAUGUACAACCACUGUACAUUAUUCAGGUGAUUACCUCAAAGAGCGUUAAUCCCGUUGCUCUAUAUUCUCCAUAUACAAUAUAACUAUCCACUUGCUACUGCAGAAAAACUCUUACAUGGUAAACAGUCUAUUUUUUUAACAUUAAUAGACUAUUUUAUUGUCACUCUCCCAAUUUUAUUUGAUGAAGUUAUGUGAAUUUUUAGUAAUUUGAAAUUAUGUUCCUAAAAUCUGAAAUUACAACUGGUUUUUUAUCACUGCAAUAAUAAAACAGUUUAUAUUCAUCUUAACUAAGGUAACAAUGAACUUUGGUUCAGUACUGGUGUGACUAUAAAGUACUUUAUUUUUGUUUAAUGUAAUGUAUGGAUCAUAAUAUAUAUAUGAUCAUAUUAUAAUGCACUGAGAAAUGGGAAAAUGUAUUAUUUAAAAAAUUAAUUGUUUAUAAACAAUCAAACAUAGUACUAUUUAAGCACAUUUUUUUUAUUCACCAAGUGUUUUUCAAUAGUUACGCCAUAGUCAUACGUAGUAACUAUAAACAGUAAAUAAUAAAUAAAAAUAAGAAUGUAUGUGUUAUUUGUUUUACUUGUAAAUUUAUCUGUAUAUUGGAUUUGUGUAUUAAUUUUCAUAGUAUUUAACAUAUUGUUCGGACCUGCUUUUUAAUUUAAAUGUAUGUAUAAUUCUUUUGAAAAUAAUUGUUCCCUUGUUUUCUCAAUGUCAAUCAUUUUUAUAUUAUCUUUCAUACUUGUAUAAUGAUAAGCUUGUAAAAUAUUAUUUACAAAAUUUGAUUUCACAGUUGUUAUGUUAUUGAUUUUAAAGUUUGUGUGUGUUCUUUGAACCUGAAUUUGAAAAUAUAUUUGUAAUAAUCACCGCAAUUAAUUUGGUAAACUCCAAAAUUGGUAUAUGAACCAAUUUGUUUUCCUAUUAUUUUAUUUAUAUUUUUGUUAAAACAUCUAAAACAAUUGUCUCUUGUUUUUUUAUAUAUUUAUACUCAUGUAAAAUUUUUGGAUUUUCAAAUGUUUUUGAUUUUCUGAGAGUUAUAUUAAAAAUAAGGCAUGUGUAUUCUUUAUCUUGUUUGUUUAAUAUUUAUAAUUUUGCUUAGUUUUGUUAAAUAUUUCUUUUUAUUUAAAAAUCAGUCAUACUUCUAAGUAUUUUUGUUAAUCUAUUUACUACAGAAUAAAAUGCUGCUUUAAUUAUUAUUUAUUUGUUUAUAGUUACAUGAGUUUUCAUGGGGUGAGUAACCAUUGAUUACCACAAAGAGAAUGAAGUCACAGUUUUAGGAUUCUGCAUUGAAAGUCGCAAAUUCAAGGGAAGGGAUGUGUUUAUUAUGUAUGUAUUAUUUAGAAAAGUUACCACAGCAUUAAAAAAACUUCAAUGAGUUAUUAGGAUAAUAAAUUUUUAUUGUCAAAUUUUCAUAAACAGUGUCUCUUAAUUAUUUUUAAAAUACUACAAUUAAAAGUUGCUCUAAAAUUAUUAUGUUCUAAACCAACGCUUAGUUUCGGGUUAAUGCUAAGAAGAUAGUUAUAUCUAUGGUAUUUGUAUUCAUUAGUUUAUGUGCAUUAUUUUAGGAACAUUUUCAGACUUCAACAUUAAGCAUAUUUCUCUUCCUACCUUAUUGAACUAAAUUACCAAGCCAUUUCUAUACUCAGAUUACUGUGCAUUGUUACAUUAUGAAUUUUGCAUUUGAUAUAGUUUUAAUUAUGCAUUUAUUUCAGGCAAUGUAACAUGUAACUAUUGUGUAUUUUACUUAUAUUUUAAGAAGAAAAUAAAUAACAUUUUCAA